GCGAGAAUUAUCUCUACUCGAACCUUUGCUCUUUUUGUUGUUGUUAUGAAGAGAAGCAUAAAUAGAGCUUCAUUCGCUUGAGCGGCACCAAAUCCCCUUGUUUCUCUGCGAAUCUGAAGGUGUAUAGAGUGUUAAAUUGACUUCUGUUCCCGCUAAACUUCGGAAUUAACUCGGUCUAGUAAGCCUUGUGCGUCUUAUAAGCUCUUUGGAAUGGUUCGCUUACAGACACAAUAUGAAGUUACCAGAAUACAAUGGCGCCGCUCAGUCACGAAGAUCUAAAAUCAGUUGCUGCCGCGCUGGCGCAGAAACUUGAUUCACUGAACAUCGACUACGCCAUAAUGGGAGGCGCCGCCACCUGCUUGUUGAGUCCAGACCCAAGUCGAAGGACCGAAGACGUUGACCUUGUCGUUCAUGUUGACGAUCGUAUGAUCACCGCGGACCUUCUUACUACUAAGCUUCUCACCUCCUUCCCGUCUGAGUUCGAGGGCGUUAACCAAUUUGGACACACCAUUCCUGCAUACAGGCUUUGCCGACUAGGGGAAGCCGCGCAGUUGGUGGAGCUGGAAGUAUUUGAUUAUAAGAGUUGGCCGCAACGUCCCCAGUACAAUAUCCGGGCUGCUACACGGAAGACGCUCAAUAUCAAUGGUCAACGGGUUAAAGUCUUUGGCCCUGAAUGGAUUCUGCGGGAAAAAAUUUUAUCCCAGUAUCAGCGCCAAGGCAGUCCUAAAGAAGCCACUGAUAUUCGUGAUAUCAUCAGUAUGAUCCCUUUGGCUGUGCCAGGCAGACCAGAGCUCGACUUCAAUCGAAAUCAGGAGUCCCAAAACGCCCUGGCAAAUCUCCUGCAAAAGAGGCCGGCUUUAGCUCAUGCUCUGAAGGCAAAGAUCAAAUGCAGCUCAAUCUUCCAGAACUAGGAAUUUCGGCGAAAUCCUUCGGCCAAGUGUCGAGGUCAUGUGAUAGAUGUGCUGGCUUUCUGGGACAUCGAAAGACCUGCCGGUAUUACUGAAACGUGCUAUCAGCGAACGCCUAUGAGACACGAAUCACGGUUUGUAUCGAAUCUCUGAAGGUGAU